AUUUUUUCAACUUUUAAUCACAUGAUUUUCUUUUAAAAUUAACUCUGUAGUCUGUUCUACUCAGCAGUUAAGACUUUCAUACGUUUUCACAUCGACUACAACUAUUCCAUCCGUGUGUUACGGUGGGUAUGUAUAUAUGUAUCUAUAGACGCUUCAAUAGAGCUUCAAUCGGAGAGUUGCUUAUCUUCUGAGGGAUGGCGGAGGAGAUCAGCCACCCGUCGAGGUACGUCAAGCUGACGAAAGAGCAAGCGCCGACGGAGGACAUUAAUCCCGGCGAGCUUAAUCUGCCCAUUGAUGUUCCUCAAUUGCACGUCCCCAAGUGCCAUGAAUGUGGACAGGCGCUACCAGAAAGCUAUCAAGCUCCCGCUGAUGAACCUUGGACUACUGGGAUUUUCGAAUGUGCUCAAGACCCUGAAAGUCGUACAGGGUUAUUUUGCCCAUGUAUCUUGUUUGGCCGUAAUAUUGAACAACUGAGAGAGGAUACUCCAUGGACUGGGCCGUGCAUUUUCCAUGCUAUUUUCAUAGAGGGUGGACUUGCCUUGGCUGCGGGGACAGCAGCCCUGAAUGGUUUAAUUGACCCAAGGACUAUAUGCCUUAUAACCGAGGGAUUGUUUUUCAGUUGGUGGAUGUGUGGAAUAUAUACUGGCUUAGUGAGACAGUCGCUGCAGAAGAAAUAUCAUCUCAAGAACCUUGAAGGCUAUAAGUUUGUUGCUGCAAAUUUUGAGUUCAUCCGAUCUGUUUCAGUAGUUGACUUGAUACCCCUCAUCACAUUUGAUCUUGUCAUACGUUCAAAGAAUUCGCCGUGCGAUCCUUGCAUGGUGCACUGCUGCUUGCACUGGUGUGCCAUAUGCCAAGAGCACAGGGAACUGAAAGGCCGCCUAUCAGACGACACCCCAAUGCCGAUGACUAUAGUCAAUCCGCCUCCCGUCCAAGAAAUGAACGCCUCAAUUGACAGCCACCAUUCAGCACUACCACCGGCUAAUGGGGGCGAACAAGUUAAUGUAGAGAUGCAGGCUUUGUAGAAAAUCUCCAUCAAGAAAAAUAUGCUAGAGAUUCACUUCCAAACAGCUUCGGGCAAUUAAAAUCCUUCAUGUCCUUUCACUGUAGGAAUGUAAGUGGUGUGACUUUUUGAGUUUCCCUAUUGUGCGCACAAUACAAGAUUAUCUUAGUCUGGUGAGACCACAUAUGAGUGCACUUUUUGAUAUUUGUUUGAAACUUACAUGUCU